UUUCAUAGAUACACAUGGCAUGCUGCAGCCUGCUCUGUUGCAGCCUCCACCCUCAUCCUGCCAGACAAGUCACCGAUGCUGCACCCGUGUCUGAAAACCACAUGCAUAAAGAAAAAUAUCGGAAAUUAGGGCUGGGCGAUAAAUCGAUUUUAUCGAUUAAUUCGAAUUUGUAAUCAAGGACGAUUUAAUUUGAAUGAAAAUCGAUUUUCUCGUGAACUUCCACCGCCGGCGCUCCUCUUGAGCUCCCGUAGGUCAGAGUGCGCUGCCCCGCUGCCCCCGCUUCUCCACAAAUGCACAUGGCAGCAAGCAAGGAUGAGCUCGUCCCCAAAAAAAGGCACAGUGUCCUCGGUGGUGUGGAACUGGUUUGGUUUUGUGGCGUCCGACAGCGAACAAACCACGACCUACUGCAAAGUUUGCUCUAAAGCUGUCGCAACUAAAGGCAGCAGCAGCAGCACGACGCAUUUAUUUCAGCACCUAAAGCAGAAGCCUGCAGCGGACUGGGAGGAACGUUGCUCUCUGCGGGAUUCACAAGACCGCAGCCCACAAACACCCGCUAAAAAACAAUCCACAUUAGCCGAUUCCUCAUUGUGUCCCUUACGACAAGAAAGGGACGCGGUGGAAAACUCUUACUGAUGCAGUCGCGCUGCAUAUGGCUAAAGACAUGGUCCCCAUUUACACUGUGGAAAAGCCGGGGUUCAUCCACAUGUGAAAAACUUUCCACCCCAAGUAUGUACUACCGAGCCGCAAGCAUUUUGCCGGAGUUGCCUUGCCUCACCUGUACAACUGCACACGGGAAAAGAGCGCUAGAGAGCUGCAGGAGGUGUCGUUUUACUCCACCACAACAGACUUGUGGUCCAGCCGAACCAUGCAGCCCUACAUGAGUUCGACUGUACAUUUUAUCAACAACAACUGGACUCUGCGAAGCGUCUGUCUCCAAUCAGCGUAUUUCCCUGAGGAUCACAAAAGUGAGAUAACUGCCCAGGGGCUAAAAGAUGCUCUGAGCUCCUGGAACCUUGCUGAAGACCGACUCAUCUGUAUGACAACAGACAGUGGCACCAGCAUAAUCAAAGCUCUCCAAGACAACGAGUGGCCCAACCUCCAGUGCUCUGGACAUAGACUGCACAACGCUAUAGAGAAUGGUGUGAAGGACCCACGUAUUGAACGUGCCAUUGGGGUUUGUAAAAAGGCUGUUGCUGCCUUUUCCUAGUAUAGCUGGAAAAAAAGAAGAGAGAUGGGUGAAGUACAGACUGAGCUUGGUCUACCCCCUCAUCAGCUAAUAACUGAGUCCCCGACCAGAUGGGGUUCACGACAAAAGAUGAUAGAUUUCUGGAACAGGAGAAGGCUAUAGCCCGUGUCCUGGGCUCAGACAAGAAAAGUCGGCAUCUCGUGCCCUCUUGGCAAGACAUUGAUGUUUUAGAGUCCAUAAAUAAAGCUGUCAAACCACUCCAAGACUUUACUGACGCCCUGUCCGGGGAGGCUUAUGUUAGCGUUUCCUACAUUAAACCGGUGCUCCAUUUGUUCAAAACCAGUCUCCUACAGCCAGAGGAGGAAGCCACCGAGCUCACUGAAACUAUAAAAACAAACAUUCUUCGGUACCUUGAUGAAAAAUACAGCAACCCUGUGACGGAUGAACUCUUAGACAUGUCUUCACUGAUGGACCCCAGGUCCCGAACAACCUACAUUGACCCAGGCAAGGUGGAACAAGUCAAAAAAAGGGCUGUCACUGAGCUGAUGUCUCUGCCUGUGCCUGCUGAAAAAAGUACACCACAGCAGCCUGGUCUAGCUGUGCAGGUGUGUCAAGAAGCACAGCCUCCACCGAAUAAGAAAAUGACUUUAGCUUCCUUCUUCAAGAAGAAUGUGCCACUGCCAUCUCCCCACCAGUCAGGAGCAGGGAAAAUAGAGACUGAGUUGGCAACCUACCUGUUGACCCCUGAGGCAGAUCCAGACACUGAUCCACUUCAGUGGUGGAAGCACCACGAACCAAACUUCCCAAGGCUCAGUAAUCUGGCCAAGAAAUACCUUUCUAUCCCUGCUACAAGUGCCCCGUCAGAGAGGGUUUUUAGUGUGGGGGGGUGGCAUUGUUACAUGCAACAGGCCAUGCCUCAAGCCAGAGGUAGUAGACAGGCUUGUAUUCCUUGCCAAAAAUUUGUAAAAAAAAAAAAAACCAAAACUAAAGACAGCAUUGCAAGCACCUCACGUCCUGUACAUUUACUAAAAUUUAAUGUUGACUAUGCAAUGCAUGCAGAUGUUUGAUUUUGUAUACAUAUUCAAGGAUUCAAAAUAGGGACAAAAUAAUUUUUGUAUACAAAAGGCACCUUUGUUUAAAUGCACAUGUGAACUUAAAUGAAAGUUUUGUUUGCACUGUAUCAAUCCCAAUGGGGAAAAUUAUCUAUUUUUGUAAUGGCAUUGCAAUCUGACAUAUUAAAUUUAUGUUUUCAAAAAGUGUUUUAUCAGGAACUUUUUUUUUCCAAGAGGAAGCACUUUUAUGUUCUUUUUUUACAUUGGUUUGAAGGUGCACUAUAUCACUGUCAGAGAAGUGAACCUUUUCUUAGGUAUGUUUUCAAAACUGGGAGAUUAGGUCCCUGUAAAUUGGGACAUUGUUUGAAGCCAGUAGAAAGGUGCUGAAAUGUUACAUUUUUGCUGUUGUUUACAAUGGCAGGGCCUGCCAUCUUGUUUACACGCUUGUUGCACUUUAACCCUAAGGGGAAAUUUUGUUCAAAUCCCAAAAGGGAAAAUCAAAACAAAAUAAAAGCAAAACUUGUUUUGAAUAAUUUCUUUGUUAUUUGUUGUGUGUU